AUGGACAGCCCCAGCAAUGCCACCAUGGCUGCGUGCAGCUGUCUCCCGCAGGGCUUCGUUGAGUCUCCCCACUUGGGGCCCAUGCUCUUCCUGCUGCUGCUGGCCGUGCACCUGGCUACGCUGAGCAGGAACCUGCUCAUCCUGGUGGCCGUGGCCUCAGUGCCCAGCUGGCCGCCCGUGCCACGCUUCCUGUGCCAGCUGUCAGCCAUUGGGCUCUGCUACACUCCGGCGGUGGUGCCCCGCUCCCCAGCCCACCUGGCCUCGCCAGGCCGCGGCCGAGGCAGCGCCAUCUCCUUCCUGGGCUGCCCUGUUCAGGUGCAGAUGUUCGUGGCUCUGGGCGGGGCCGAGUGCUUCCUGCUGGCCACUAUGGCCUAUGACCGCUACGUGGCCAUCUGCCACCCGCUGCGCUACGCGGCUGUGGUGACACCUGGGCUGUGCACGCGGCUGGCCCUGGCCUGCUGCUGCCUCGGGGGACUGGCGGUGUCCGUGGGGCCUACGGUGGCCAUCUUCAACCUGCCUUUCUGCGGCUCCCGCCUGCUGCAUUUCUUCGGCGCCAUCACAGCGCUGCCGCACCUGGCCUGCACGCAGAGCUACGCGGAGGAGCUGUGUCUGCUGGGCGCCUGCCUGGUGCUGCUGCUGCGGCCCUCGGUGCUCAUCCUGGCCUCCCAUGGCGUCAUCGCCGCCGCCCUGAGCCGCCUGCGCUCCCCACGCGGCAGGUGCAAGGCCGCCUCCACCUGCGCCUCGCACCUGGCUGUCACCUUCCUCCACCAUGGCUGCUCCACCUUCACGUACCUGCGGCCCAAGGCCAACUACUCCCCACGGCAGGAUCGCACGCUGGCGCCGGUCUACGCCAACGUCACGCCGCUGCUCUACCCGCUCGUCUACAGCCUGCGCAACCGCAAAAUCACUGCCGCCAUCCGCAGGGUGCUGAGCCCCAGGGCAGGGUCUGUGUGA